GUUAUUGGGUACUCCCCUACAUAGACAUUAGAGGAAGAAUUUACCCCAUACAUUUUCAAUGCGAACAGAAUAAACAGGAAGAUUUUACUCCAUAGAUUUUCUUUUUCAUUGUUUAUCCCGUUGAUAUGGAGUCCGAAAAGGGUUAGGGUUUAGGGCUUUAGGCGCCUUCUCUUUCUCUGUCUCUCUCGUCGUGGUUUGAAGCGGAUAUGGCGGAGGAUGCCACUGCUAAACUGGAGCUUUCCAACUCCUGCUGCGUUGCCUGGAAGGAAAGGUACGCCAAGUUGAAGGAGAAGUAUUCAAAGCUCGAAGAAGGGCGCAAUGCCCUUCGCAAGGGACUGUCAAUCUAUGAGCAACAAAUUUCAAAGAUUCAAUCUGAGAAUCUCACGUUGAAGAAGGCUUAUGAGGGCGAGAAAGUUCGGGCAGACAAUGAGAGCCAUGAAAAAGCAAAAGAAUCUGCUCUGCGGGCUUCCUUGGAGAGUGAAGUUUCUGGUCUCAAGUCCAAUAUUCUUUUGAUGCAGCGCAAUCCAAGUCCUGCCAGUGAGGAUUUGGUAAGGGAAAAUGCACAACUUCAGAGAUUUCUUUCGGAAAAAGUUACCGAGGUUAGCAGGCUUAAGGAGCUUCUUGAGAAUGAGAGAUCUAGAGCAGAGAAAAAGAAAGCUGAGACUGAGAGGAAAAAAGCGGACGAACUAAGAAAAAAACUAAAAACUGAGAAAAAUAAGGCAGAUGAAGAGAGGAGGUUAGUUGAAAGUGAAAGAAAAGAGGCUUCGGAAAAUAGGCCCAAGUUGGAGGCAGCGAUGAAGGAUGCUGACGAAGUAAAAAUGAAGUUGCCAUUGGAGCAUAAUCCAAGUCCUGCCAGUGAAGAUUUUGAAAGAGUAAAGGCACAACUUCAGGGAGUUCUUUUGGAAAAGGAUACAGAGGUUAGCCGGCUUAAGGAGCUUCUUGAAAGUGAGAGAUUUAGAGCAGAUUCCGAGAAACAGAAAGCCGAGGCUGAGAGGAAAAAUGCUGACGAGUUAAGAAAAAAACUCAAGACUGAGAAAAAUAAGGCAGAUGAAGAAAGGAGGCUAAUUGAAAGUGAAAGAAAAGAGGCUGCAGAGAAUAGGCUCAAGUUGGAGGCUGUGAUGAAGGAGGCUGAUGAAGUUAAAAUGAAGUUGAGUUCAAGUCUUGCCAGUGAAAAUCUGGAAAGAGAGAAGGCUCAACUUCAGGGAGUUCUUUUUGAAAAGGAUACAGAGGUUUUCCAGCUUAAGGAGCUUCUUGAGAAUGAGAGAUCUAGAGCAGAUUCUGAGAAAAAGAAAGCUGAGUCCGAAAGGAAAAAAACUGAUGAGUUAAGAAAAAAACUGAAAACUGUGAAAAUUAAGGCAGAUGAAGAAAGGAAGGUUGUGGAAAGUGAAAGAAAGGAAGCUGCAGAAAAUAGGCUCAAGUUGGAGGCUGCAAUGAAGGACAUUAAUGAAGUUAAAAUGAAGCUGGCUUUGGAGACAUCAAAGGUAGCAGAGAUAAAAAAGACGUUGGACACAGAAAUACAAAACAGAAUAAUAGAUAGAAAACAGGCAGAGUCAUAUAUCUUAAAAGCAGCAGAGCAGUCAAAGCUUGCUGAUACAAAUAUGAAGAUUGCCAUGGAUGAAAAACGUCGUGCUGAUGGUUUAUCAAAGCAGCUGGACCAGUAUAACAAAAGAAUUGAGAAUCUAAAGAAGGAGAUAGCUGAACUUAAGUCUUCUAGGAAGUCAGUUGAUAGCCUAUCUGAUAAGAAGAGAGAAGCUGAAGAAAAGCUUGCUCAUUUAAAGAUCAUAGAGCAGCUAGAAGAUCAAAUAAAUGUUUUAGAGGCAUACAAGAAAAAGGCCGCGGAAGAAAAGCACCGUGCAGAUCAGUUAUCAUGUGAGCUGAAGGAUAACAAACAAAGGUUAGGUAAGCUACAAAAGGAAAUUCAUGCCCUUAUUUCUUCCAAAUCAAAUGCCGAAUCUGCUCUUCAUUCACACGAUAGGAGUUUGAAAUGCCAAGCAGCUAAAAUCAGUAUCUUAGAGAAGCAAUUGAAGUUGGAAAAGAUGUUGGUAACACACUCUGAAGGAGUCACAGAGCUUGAAAAAGCUCGUAAUGGUAUACUACAAGAAGAAUUAUUGCAGUUAAAACAAGAUUUUUCUCUUUUUUCUAAACGCUUGAAUUUAUUGGAUGAUUAUUUCAUUGGCUCUGGUGAAGGCAGUCACGAUAUGGAAAAGUUAGAAUUGAAAAGCAAACAAUUUGAUGUCAAUCCAUAUAAUAUGCCCUCUCAUCUCAAAGAUGGGCUUGCGCUAUUGGCUGAUAAUGAUGAAACUGAUUCAUUCAGGGAAAGAAUAGAAGGCAGUGCACCUUUGCUCGAUAUAUCUGGAGGAAACGACACUAGAAGUGUUUCAGGUAUAAAUUCUGAAUUGGAGCCUUUGCUCAAAGGUUUGAACAAAAAAGUGUUACAGAGUUCUGCCAUAAAUUCGAGUUCGACAUCUUUUUCUGAUAGACCAUUGGUGGGCUCACAGGAAAGACAUUCUUCUAGUGCUACAUCAGAUAAAUUUUCUGAAGAAAAAUCCAACAUUGAAGGAACAAUUUCAAGGUUACCAUGUUAUAAAGAAGAAAAGUGCAAUGAGGGUCCUGCAGCAUUAGUGGAUAAAAGUGUUGAAUGUCCUGUUAGUGAUACACCUACCAAAAGGAGAGGUUGGCAUCAAAGGAAAAGGAAGAUGUCUAUUGAUGCUAUUGAACCUAUUUACAGUUCACAUUCUGAGAAUAAGAUGCUGCAGCAACAGGUACCUUCCCUGUAUCCUGUGUUAGAAAAUCAAAUUGGUAAAUCUGCAAGAGUUGAAACAUGCUUACUUCCUGAUGCGCAAGGCAACAUUUGCAGUUCUCAUGCUAGAUCUUACAAGAAGAGAAAGGUUUCUUCUGAAGAACUUUUGGGGUGUCAUGGGAAUUAUGCCAAUCAGCAAAAGGCAAACCUCAAAGGGUUGAGUAUGAAAGAGUCUGAUAUAAAUGCAAAAUCAAACCCGGCACUCCAUCUUAGUAAAAGUGCUCAUAAUUGGAAGGAUAGGAGUGAUACUCUCAGAGAUUUCGAGUUACUGGUUGGAGAUGACUACUUGAAACUGCUGAAUUUGGAUAAUGAUUUAGAUGAAGAAUCUUAUCAUCUAGCCGUCAGAAUGCCUUUGUCUCCUAAUCUUCUAGAGAUAAAGUGUCAAAGCAUUGAUGACCAUGUAUUACGUUAUUCUUAUGAUAAUGAUGUUCUCGGGGAACUUUCACAUAUGAAGGAGAACCUUGCUCCACCACAGCAUUUUGAUGUCAUUGAUAUGGAAAUAUACUCAAAUAAGGCAAAUCUUGGAACCUUGGGGACUGCACAGAAUUCAUUGUUGGAAGAAAAUAAUGGUCAUGAUGAUAUAUCUAGCUGCUUAAAUGGUAAUGGAAUUGAUCACUCUAAAAUUUCACAUGAUGGUAUAUCUAAUGCUUUUGGUAAAACAUCAUGUACGCUUGAUGCUUUAGCUUGUGAAAAUGAGAGAUCAAAGAUUUCAGGUGGAACCAGGCACCCACCUUUUUGUUCCAGUAUACCAAAGUGUUGUGUUGUGUUUUCGGAUAAUGACAAAGUAGAAAGCAUUUCCAGGGUAUACUCUGCAACCAACGACUUCAUGGUUAAGUGUUCAACAGUUUCAUCAUCAAACUUGUUUCUGAAGAAUAUUGUUGUCUUCAUUUCAGGUGCUCAAGAUCUUUCAGCAAAGGAAAAGGCAUCUGUGUUUUUGUCAGGCCUUCUGCACUACAUUUCAGAAACCGCAAAAAUUGGUUUUUGCAAUGAUUGGGAUAGAGACUCUGUCCUGCUUAUUGCAUCGUUUGCUCAUCAUAUAUGCACAGAGCCCUCUGAUGAGAACACUGGAGUGGUUUUAGUUGAAUCAUUCAAUUUGCGCGAGCUGCUUGCACUUUUGGAGGACUUCAUCUUGCAUAGAGAAGUUUUGAUGUUUAGUGAUGUAUGCUCUGGUUCAGAACCCUUAAAGAAAUCAAUCUUCAACUUUUCUGUGAAUGGUAAUGGUGUUCACCUGUUUAGUCAAGAAGCUUCCAUAAACUUGUUAGUGGCUGGGGGCAUUUUGUUAGCAUCAUUCUGUGCUGAAGUUGACUACAUCGGUUUCAUUUGUGAGGCAUCAUGCAAUAUUCUAAGGAUGUUAAGAUCUGACACUUCAUUUGUGUUAACAAUUCUUCAUAUCUUUGCCUUUGUAUGUGGGUCGAAGUAUUUUAGCAUCAAGCAGUAUUGCUUUGUAAUGGCUGUAGUAAGAUCUUUGGUUGUGUUUCUUGAGAAGCUUAAUCCUCCUGACUGUGGUUCCUGCUUAACAUCUUUGGCUGCGGGGCUGUCUAAUAUAUGGUCAGGCAGCAAUUGCCCAUUUUUGGAAGGCACAUCUUCUAUGGAUGGCGUUGCAUCAAUGCUCCUAGAUAAUCUUGAUAGCUGUGUCCGGUCCAAUGCAAGGCAUAAAGAUUUGAUUGAGGCAAUCCAUCCAUCAAUAGACGAAGUGUGUACAGAGAGUAUUAACUGCUGUGCUGCUCUUAGAGAGGUGGCCAUGUCGAGCUCUAUUACGGAUGACAAUGCAUGCUUCUUUGUUGAUAUCCUUGCACUAGUUGAGCUUGUAGCUUUUUACAUGAGCUGGGAUUGGACUGCUGAAAACAUUGUUUGUCCUCUGAUCAAAAUGGUGGAAUCAUGCUCUGUGGAACAUGUCCCUGCUGCUAUUCUUGUUCUACUUGCGCAGCUUGGAAGGUUUGGGGUUUCUGCUAAAGGAUAUGAAGAUAACAUAAUCCAGAACUUGAGAUCUCAGUUCUUAGCACUACUCUCCAAGUGUGAUUCUAAAACAGUCAGUCUUGAGAUUCAGUUUUCCAUUGGAAUUACUCUACUAGGCCUCGUGUCUCUCAACUUUGAGGAGGUUCUGGAAAGCCGUGCUGAAGUUCCUGGAUUUGGAAGUCAAUAUCAAGCUACUGUAUGCUUAAGGAAAUGGUUUUCGGUGUUGAGCAAUGAAAACCAGUUGUCUUUCAAGCAUGUGGUUUCUUCAAGUAAAAGCCUCCAAAAAGGACACAACCCUCUUGUGAAAUGAGAAAUUGAAAUAUAGGAAGGGAGGAUCCAUUGGGCCAUUGCUUAUUUUUGUUUUAUUUUUGUAUGUGAGACGGAAGACAAGUUUCCAAGCACAUGCUCUCAGUAGGAAUUUUUCUUAUCAACCUGCUUUGGUCAGUCCAGCCUGUGCUUUUCAGUCUUCAACCAAGACCAAAUAUUCAAAGGUCAAGUUCCCUGUAACACAUGCAGCCCUUGGAGGAGAAGUUACGUAAGGCCUUGUGUGCCUGUAGAGAGCAUUUGGAUCCGCAGCAGGGAAUCUGCUCUUUCUGUCAAAUUCCCAACUCAUCUGGUAUUGUAAAUGUUGUAUUUUUUUUUCCAGUGAUGAAAAUCUCUCCGAGUUGGGGAGGUAUAGCUUGGAAAAAAGCAGUUCAAAAUCUCCACCACCACCACUUUCUCCGCCUCUAAAGCCCCGUCAAGAUCAUAUCCCAUUGUCCAACCACAGCAAACCCAGUAUAUCCCAACUCUGUUAGUGUAGGGGAGAACAUGGAGGCCAAAGUGUACGCGGUCUUUCCCUUUGAGGU